CAACAGAACCUGAAACCAAACCAUCAGAAAGUACCGUCCAGUCGUAUACUUCUUCAUCGAGUAUGACAGGCAUUGCAUCAGAAAGCACCGUGUCGUCAUCUACUGCCUCUUCAACAAGUAGUGCGCGUAUAACACCUUCAGACUCUUCAACAACCACCAAAAUCUAUUCUGCCUACACUACACCCUACUCUCAGGAAUCAGAUUAUACUGAAUCUGAUAAUAGGACAUCUGCUAAGGCAUUUGGUACUCUUGCUUUGAUUGUACUUAUAACAUUAAUUGGAUUGAUAGUUCUUAGUGAUAUCAUCACUACAAGACGUCACAUCAAACAACUUAAAUGUAAAGAUAGUAUUGUGAAUUGUAAAAAUUUAACUCUCAAGGAAAUAUGUCAGUCUUGUUGGUGUACGCCUGAGCCACGCGUAAAAUGGAAAUCCAAAAAGCGUGGCCCAAAGCUGAGUUUUGUUUUGAGCAAAUAUAAAAAACAUCUGGAAAAAUCGAACUCGCAUACGGGAGAUGGUUUGAGCUGUGACCAACUGCUUAUCAUCGUUGUGACCGUAUUUUAUAAAGAAUUGAAAAUGCUCUGUUGUAGGUCAAGGAGGGUAAAGCCUACGGUUACUCAUACAGACGACAAUAUUGAAUCGACAACUGAGGAGAUUGGAAAUAUGAGAGCUGCGCAAUAUAGAAUAAAUGAUGAAGAUGAAAAGCAGAUCACAACAUCAUGUUCAUAUCGUAAUGAAAUGAAUUUUAUACUUGACGACAAUUCACCAAUUGAAGAUGAACUGUUUGAUCAAGUCAUAAUCCAUCCUAACAGAAACGAAAGUUCAAGUAACGGUGAACAUGUUAGUGAACAUGACUUUACCGUUGAUAUGCGGCCGCGCGAGUGUCAUAUUAAAAUUGAAGGUGGGAUAACAUUCAAGCAUCAGAAACCAACUAUACGGGAGAUAAUAAGAAGAAAUCCUUUCAAACAGAUCAAGAACUUAAUGAGUUCAAUUAAACCACUGUAUGGAGAGUCUGAUUUCUAAUGUUGCCAGUGGUUUUGAUGAACGGAUAUACGAAUGUCAUAAGAAUAAAUAAGUAUACUAGUAAUCUGAUAUCGUGUCUACAUUCAAUAUUAACAUACUGCAGUAUUAAUUCAUACUGUAAUAUCAGAAACAGUUUAUAUCACAUUGUAUGUGGAUAGAUGCAAGAAAACAUUUUGAAUUAAACCAUUUUCUAUUAUAUGUGGAAUAAGAUGCUGUAAGAUAAACAUAUUAUUACGUUUUCCGUAGAAUUGGUAAAAAUGUAUUCGGUAAUUUCCCUUUAUAUUGUAAAUACAUCUGUUAUUUUAUUAAUUUUCCCUUGUGAGUUUAGCUUCACAAUUUUUAAAAACAUGUAAAC